GGUACGUUCCUCAUGACAGCUUGGACGGAGGGCUGGCUCCAUGCUGUAGAGAGCGGCCAGAGACACGGCUAAUAUCCGGCGUUUCAACAGGAACUGGGGCUUUUUAUCUGUGUCCUCAUAGUCUGCUUUCACAUACCGACCACCAGCAUGUCUGCCCCAAAGAAGGGAGACUUGUCCUCCACCGAAAAGGAGCUGUUUCAGGUCAUCACUGCAGGUGAUGUUCAAGAGGCCUCAAGACUGCUGGGCUGCAAGGAUGUUCGAGUCAACUGUUUGGAUGAGUAUGGGAUGACCCCUCUGAUGCACGCUGCAUACAAGGGAAAGGCAGACAUGUGUAAACUGCUCCUGCAGCACGGAGCGGACGUGAACUGCAAUGAACACGAGCAUGGCUACACGGCGCUGAUGUUUGCUGGCCUAUCAGGGAAGACUGAUAUCACGUGGAUGAUGCUGGACGCCGGGGCAGAGACAGACGUGGUCAACUCUGUCGGGAGGACUGCCGCACAGAUGGCUGCCUUUGUUGGGCAGCACGACUGCGUCACGGUGAUCAACAACUUCUUCUCCCGGGCGAGGCUGGACUACUACACCAAACCUCAAGGCUUGGAGAAGGAGCCGAAGUUGCCACCCAAACUGGCCGGUCCGCUCCACAAGGUCAUCAUGAGCACCAGCCUGAACCCCGUCAAGUUGGUGCUGCUGGUGAAGGAGAACCCCCUGCUGGCCGAGGUGGAGGCUCUGGACAAGUGCCGGCGGGUGAUGGAGCUCAUCUGCGAGAAGUGCGUCAAGCAGCAGGACAUGAACGAGGUGCUGGCCAUGAAGAUGCACUUCAUCAGCUGCGUGCUGGGAAAGUGCGCCUCCUUCCUCAAGGAGCGCGAGGACAAGCUGGACGGCCUCAUCAAGUGUUUGCUGAAGGGCCGGGAGAGCGACGGCUUCCCGGUGUUUCAGGAGAAGUUUGUCAGAGAGUGCAUCCGCAAGUUCCCCUACUGCAACGCCACCCUGCUGCAGCAGCUGGUCCGCAGCAUCGCCCCGGUGGAGAUCGGAAACGACCCCACAGCCAUCUCGGUCCUGACCCAGGCCAUCACAGGUCAGGUCGGCUUCAUGGACUCCGAGUUCUGCACGACCUGCGGAGAGAAGGGAGCGGAGAAGAGAUGCUCCAUCUGCAAAAUGGUGAUCUACUGCGACCAAACCUGCCAGAAGAUGCACUGGUUUACUCAUAAGAAAGUUUGCAAGAAACUUCAGGAGCAGAGAGAGAAGCAGGAGGCAGAAUCAGCCAAGCUCAGAGAGAAGCACAGCAACGAGGAGAAUAAAGCGGUACAGGGGGCCACAGACUCCUUGCAGACCCUCUCAGUGGAGCCCAACAGCGAGGCCCCGCCCUCAGACCCUCCGGCCCCGGCAGAAACCCCGAGCCCCGCCCCCAUCACCACCGCGGACAACUGAGGAGGGCGUACGAGAAGACGUUAAGAGACACGUUGCCUGUACCCGAGAGUCUCCUACACAAGAAUACACACACACACACACACACACACACACACACACACACAAACAAACUGUCCAUAAGACUGAAAGCCAAACUGAGAUGCAGAAGGCAGAAGAGCUCAGAAGCUUCUGGACUGUCAGCAGGACGCGGAGACUUGACUUAUUUAUCAGUGACCUGAGAUUGCCACCAAAGCGAUGCGACACUAAUGCACAAUAGGAAGGGGUUUGGAUCACAGUGUUCGACGUGUGUUUUGUCCUAUGUUGUCGUUUUUUUUUUUGUUGUUGUUGUUGUUUUUUUUAAAUAUAUAUUUUAAUCUUUUCAAUUAUUUUGUCGAUAUGUGAAUGUGAAGAGUCAGUUAGGCCGCUGUGUUUGUGGUAGAGGCGACUGCGAGGCGUUUCAGGGAAAGUGUGGAAAUGUGACAAGGUAGUGGUUCACAUCCUUGAUGAAACAAUUCUGCCUUAAGAAACCGUAGCAUUCUGUGCAUAAAAUAAAUGACUGUGUAGCCCAUCGUUUUCCAAUGUGCAGUGAAAUAUAUUUACAACCCGGUCUGCCACAGAAUUAAUGGAACAUUUUUGUAUUUACCGGCUCAUCAUGGAAUAUAAGUGGAUCUUAGAGCUGCACAAUAUUGACAAAUAUUGUACCGUAUAUUACAUGAACACAGCUAAGCACCUUACCUAGAGUAAAGUGUCUUAAAAUAUCAUCCCUGUUAAAGAGAAACUCUUAUGCUCCUGUGUUGUGGGAAAUGUAGUAGUCAAUAUUGGUAUUUUGAAAUUUUUCAAUUUAUUGUGCAGCCUGAAUGGACGGAGACGUGGAGGUGAAAUGACCGGCCGUUCAAAUGACGUUUUUGUUCCUGCUGAGCAGCGAUGGGUUUCAGGAUGUCGGAACAGCUUCAUGAUGUUAAAACCUGAAAUAAAGACCAACUUCAUCAACAAGCCA